UUCUUGUCGUGGAAACGCGUUCGAUGUGUUUGGUGUGUGUUUUCUGGCUCCGGUGGGAAACUUAGAAGAAAAGUUAUAAAGAAUGAAGCGGCUCUGCGUUUGUGAAAUCUGCAGCUGCGGUCGCCACCGUUGCACUCACCAGCCCACGGCGCUGUACAGGAAGGGCAGUGAGAGGUGUGUGGUGAGCGAAUAUGUCGAGAAGUUUCCGGCCUAUGAGAGCUGCCGGCCGCCCAAGAGCCUCAAACCGAAAUACGAGCACAAGAGCGAGAGGAGCAGGAUGGAGGGAACAACCACCUUCAAAUCUGAUUUCAUUCCAUAUGAGGUCAGCCGGCGUCCCGGCAAACAGCAGGCUGACUACCAGCCGAAUCCCGGUGAGAUCGACCUGGGAACGACGUACAAACAGGACUUCAACACCUACCAACUUCAGCCUGUGGCUCCACUGAGGCCAAAGGAGAGGGCACGGGUCACCAACGGUAAACUGGACACAGUGCCCACCUACACAGAGGAUUUUCGUCCAUGGGAAAUUAGCAAGCGGGAGUUAGCCAAACCAGACGUGGCAUACCAUCCACCUUCUGGGAAGUUUGGGAACACCACAACAUUCCAGGAUGAUUUUGUCCCGAGAGGCACGGUUCCUCGAGAGACCUUCAAGCCCCCAAACGUAGUCAAAGUGUCUGGUGCUCCUUUUGAAGGAGUUACCAGUAACCAACUCUCCUAUGUUCCUCACCCUGUGGAGGCUCGCUUUGUCAAAGCACCCGAGGAGUAUAAGCCCAGCGACCAGCCUUUUCUGGACCUCACCACCCAUCGGAGGGACUUCCAGGGCCUUCCAGGACAGAUGCCCAAAAGCUGCAAGCCUGAGCGAGUAAAGAUGUCCUCCGAAGCACCCUUCCAAAGCAGCACUGAGUUCCGUGAGCGCUUCCAGCAAUGGCCAGUCUCUUUACCACAACUCCACAAGUCUGUGGAGUACGUGAGUCCCACUGCAGACAUGGAUUUGAGCACCACCACCAGAACCACCUAUGUCAAGCAUGAAGUCCAGCCCUUCAUUUCCUCUAAGCCUUUCCCCAGGCCGACCCGUUCCUCUGCACCCUUUCAGGCCAACACCACCAUGAAGGAAGACUUCAAGCCCUGGGUUUCAGCCCGACGCCUGGACGUCAUCCGCAAGCCGGAGGAGAUGAGGAGAGCCAGUGGGAAGAUGGAAGACUUGACCACUUUCAAGGCCCACUUCAUCCAGCACCCGCUGCAGCCUAACGUCAGUUACAAGCCCCUGGCUGCCCCUAUGAGAGCUGAUGCCCCACUGGAGGAAAGCACCAUGUACCGCACUGAAUUUACCCCAAAGAAGAUCAGCGUGUGUCCAGCCAGCUUUGAGUCCCCACCCGGUUUCCUCUUCGAGGACAUCGAUGAGAGGGGUCACAAGUUCUUCCGCAGGGUGUCAGACCAAGACAAAAUCCAGGUCCAGGCUCCUAAUGCAGUGGCUGUUAUGUCUUAAGGACACGUGGAUAAACUACAGUACACAUUCACAAUUGAUCUCUCUGAAUGUUUAUUUUAUGCAUCUAGAAAAGUGUUUUAAAAUGCUGAACUUUUAGAAAGUUUGGCCUUACGAAUGUAGUCAAUCAGCUGAGACCUUUGGUGUCAGUUCUUUAGCUUUGCGCUGGAGCUAUAAGGCCAGUGUAGCUAAUAAGUAAAGAAAGCUUAUAGCUUCAUAACUUUAUGGUAAUCUUGGAAGCCUGAUUUCCGAUUUUUAUUAGAAAGCCUGAUGGAUUUUGUUGAUGAAUGUUGGUGAAAAAUACUUUGAUAGGAAGGAGCCGCAGAAGUUGUUUUUGCUUUUGUGAAGAUGGUGCUGCACCUAAAACAGACCCAAGUGUUUUACAAAGUCUCAGCAACCACAGGAGCUCCUGUGUCAGUAAUACCAAAGAAAGUCUUGGAAUAUGUUUGAUAACUCUAAAAGGAUCAGUAGCUGCAUUCCAAAGCCUAGGCUGCAGCCGAGGUAGUCUGCGUUUCUUGGCCGCUAUGUCAUAGCAGGCUGUUCCAAAGUGAAGGACCCUUCGUAUACAGCCUAGAAAUGCAGCCUACGUUCUGAGUGAUUUCAAGGAUGCAUCAGAUGUAUCCUUCCAGGCCUUUCCUUACCCACAGUUAUCUGCGCAGGAAUGACGCAAAGCAAAAAUUAAGAGCACCAUGAAAAUUAUGGAAAAUGAAGCCGCUGGAGCAGAGCUUGUUUUAAAAUGUAAGUUGUUCACGUACUUUAAUUCGUCUUCGUUACCUUAUAAAGUGUAAAAUGAUUGAUUGAUUGAAGCAUUCGUCCGUAUAUCAUAUUCGUCCAUAUAUCGUAUUUUAUUUACAAGUAUUUGUAUGUAUGUAGUUUAUCGUACUACAUAACAUCUCCUCCAUUUCCGUGAAGAAAAAGCAACAAACACAAUGCAACGGGCUCCAUUUUCUCACCAGUUCCCUCACAAGUUUUGUGUCGCUGUGGUGACAUCACCACGCAGCCUCGUUAGGACUGUUCCAUUUGUGUGACCUGUGGGGUAAUAAGGAGUCUUCACAGGACAGUCCUACCGAGGACCCGCCCUAGCUCUGCUGCAGCCUAGGCUUUGGAAUGCAGUUAGUGUUGCCAUGAGGCAUGUCUCUAAGUGAAGACUGCAGUCGAUGUAGGAGAGACGUUGCUAGCAUUGGUAUACGAAGGCUCCUCUUCAAUGCUGACGUACACACAUUCUAAGCAGGCUGUUCUUACUUACAUAAGCAACUCAACACAUUUAAAAACAUCAAAUUUAAUUUAAUAUUUAAUUUCUGCCGUUUUUAAAAUGGUUUUGUGCUACACAUGAGGGAUUGCAAGUGUCUCAAAGGAUACACCAGUUGAGUCCUUCCUUUCCUCAGAAAAGUAGGACACAUUUCUGGGCUGCAUUUGAAGGAUUCUAUAGAACGUUACAGCCGAGAAACGCAGCCUUUCUUGACUGCAGUGGCUUUGAUGUGUGCAGAGCGGGAAACUGCUUGCUACACGUGACUAACUAGCAUUUAGCCUUAUAAAGAAGAGUUUGUUACCUGGUAAACUGAAAAAAAACAGGUGAACAGAAGUGUUUACACAUGUAAGUGCUGACAAAAUUCCAAUAGUUGUGGCCACCUCAGAGUAAAGUAUUUACCCAUUUGUGUUAGUCUGUGGGUGGAGUGUCUGAGGCUGAGAUUAGCAUCAUGCUAACUGCAUAUCAACAUCAUCACACACUUUCUUCAAACUGUGUGGAAUUAUAAUCUCUGAUACAGUGUUAUCUAUAAACAUGGGAUAAAGUAUGUUGUGUAGCUAAAAACA